GAGCUGUCCUCGGAUCAGUUUUGCUUGGCUUGCACCUGCGACAAGAUCGAAGCGGACUCACCUGAGCAGACCAAAGCCGCCUCGCGUCGGCUCGGCACUCCGAGGAGUCCGCUUUGCCGGUUCACCUGCCCGUGGACACUUUUAAGGAACACUUUUUUGUUGAAGAACUUUGUACGCGGAUAAUUCAUUAACCUGCCUAACUUUUUAACUGCUACUUACCGGAAUGCUGGCACGAGGUGCAACUGGCAAGUCGUGAGUAAUCAAGCCUAGAUAACGUCAAGAGGGAUACAAAGAUCACACUUCCGGUGUGUUUUUAUUUGUUUUAAAUUAGUUUAUUUAUGAUAUCUGAAGAGGAAUAUUAAGCAUGCUCGGGGCGGAGAGCAGACUGGAAAGCCGGCUCAAUAAGCUGGAGGUCCUCAUGAGGAACCCGGAGUCGAUGUUAAACUUGGAAACACUGCUGGAUUCCAUAAAUGCCUUGGCUCAUGAUUUGAACUAUCCUGCUCUGCGGAAGAACAAGAACAUCGAAACAUUUCUCAACCGAUAUGAAAAGGCGGUGAGCCAGCUGCGCGAACUGCAGGUCAAGCUCGAAGACUUCGAGAAGGUGAAGGUGAUCGGAAGAGGCGCUUAUGGAGAAGUGCAGCUGGUGCGACACAAGGCCUCUCGGAAGGUUUAUGCCAUGAAGAAGCUAAACAAGUUCGAGAUGAUCAAGCGGUCCGACUCGGCUUUCUUCUGGGAGGAGAGGCACAUCAUGGCCUUCUCCAACAGCCCCUGGGUCAUCCAGUUAUGCUGCGCCUUCCAAGACGACCGCCACCUCUACAUGGUGAUGGAGUUCAUGCCGGGCGGCGACGUGGUCACACUCAUCUUUAACUACGACAUCCCAGAGAAGUGGGCUCGCUUCUACACGGCCGAGGUGGUGCUGGCCUUGGACGCCAUCCACUCCAUGGGCUUCAUCCACCGCGAUGUCAAACCCGACAACCUGCUGCUCGACCACCACGGGCACCUUAAACUGGCCGACUUUGGCACGUGCAUGAAGAUGGACUCUACAGGCAUGGUGCGCUGUGACACUGCCGUAGGAACACCUGACUACAUCUCCCCUGAGGUGCUUCAGUCUCAGGGAGGAAUGGGUCACUAUGGGCGGGAGUGCGACUGGUGGUCUGUCGGGGUCGUUAUGUACGAGCUGUUAGUGGGUGAAACACCUUUCUAUGCUGAAUCCCUUGUGGGAACCUACGGAAAGAUCAUGAACCACAAGAAUUCCCUCAUCUUCCCGGAUGAUGUUGAGAUGUCCCAGGAGGCCAAAGACCUCAUCUGUGCCUUUCUAACUGACAGGGAGGUUCGUCUAGGCCGCACCGGAGUGGAGGAGAUCAAAAGCCAUCCUUUCUUCAAAAGCGACCAGUGGACCUUUGACAACAUCCGAGAGACUGUGCCUCCCGUCGUACCUGAACUGAACAGCGACAUUGACACCAGCAACUUUGAUGACAUCGAGGAUGAUAAAGGAGCCGUUGAGACCUUCCCACCACCCAAAGCCUUUGUGGGCAACCAGCUUCCAUUUGUCGGCUUCACCUACUUUAAGGAAGACCAGCUGCUGAAGCCAAAGAAAAACACCCCAGAGGAAGAUUCUGAGAACGAAAAGGAAAAAUUGGAGGAAAGGCAACAGUGCUCCGACAACAAGAAAGAACAACUGCAGAAAAAACUGAAUGAACUGGAGGAGCAGCUCGACCAUGAAAUGCAGGCAAAAGACGAGCUGGAGCACAAGUUCCGAAAUGCCUCUAACCGCUUAGACAAGUUGGUCAAGGAUUUAGACAAGGAGAUGAAUAGCAGACAGCGUAUGGAGGCUUCGCUGAGGCAGAUGGAGCGCGAGCGAGCGCUGCUGCAGCUCCAGAGUACCGAGAACCAGCGCAAAGUAGAGAUUGAGACGGACAGGAAGCGUGGCUUGGAGAAUGAAUUGAACAACUUGAGGGACCAGUUAGAAGAUCUGAAGAAGAGGAACCACAAUUCACAGAUUUCCAAUGAGAAGAACAUCCAGCUGCAGAAACAACUCGAGGAGGCGGCCGAGACACUUCAGGUGGAGCAGGAGGCUGCCACGAGGCUAAAGAAGAGCCAGGCGGAGAUGCAGAAACAGGCCCAGAGCCUGGAGUUGAGCCUCAGGGAGGUGCAGGAGAAGUGCAAGCAGCUGGAGGAGGGCAAGAUGGAGUUGGAGAGGCAUCUGACGACACUGCGGGCUGAGUUGGAGGCGGAGAGGAUGGAGCGCAGUAUCAAGACGGACGUUAUCGCCGACUUACAGGGACAUACAACUAGCCUGGAAGAGGAGGUGAAAGACGUGAAGUCAUGUCUCUCCAUCGUCCAGACCGAAAAGAGCCAACUGCAGGAGAGGCUCAAUAACCUUGAGAAGGAAAAGAGCAACCAAGAGAUCGAGCUGACGUUCAAGUUGAAGUCGCUCCAGCAGAGUCUGGAGCAGGAGGAGGCCGAACACAAAGCUGCCAAGGCCAAGCUGGCAGAUGAAAACCAAAUUUACCAGUCCAUUGAGGUGGCAAAAUCUGCGGCUCUAAAAGAGAUGGAGCACACCCUGCAGGAUGAGCGCAUUCUGAAGCAGCAGGUGGAGGCCAAGCUGCUGCAGCUGAAGAAAGAUCACUCCAUGCUGGACUGCGAUUACAAACAGGCUCAGCACAAACUGGACGAGCUGCACACGCAAAAGGAGAAAGUUUCUGAAGAGGUAAAGAACCUGAGCCUACGUGUGGAGCAGGAGGUCCACAAGCGCAGUCUUGCCCAGAGUGACCUGAAGAUGGAGAAACAGCAGGUGACCGUCCUGCACAUCUCAGAAAAGCAGCUCAAACAGGAGCUCAACCAACUGCUGGAGAUUAAACAGGUCCUUGAUAAACAGAACCAGGAGCUGCGCAGGGAGAAGCAGGAGUCUGAAAGCCUGCUGAAAGAUUUAAAGGACCAGCUGGAGGCGGAGCAAUUUUUCACGACCCUUUACAAGACGCAGAUCCGCGAGUUGAAGGAGGAGUGUGAUGAGAGGAACACCAUGUAUAAAGAGGCUCAACAACGUCUGGAAGAGUACCAGGAGGACAGGGAAUCACUCGCUUCCCAGCUGGAAGUCAGCCUGACCAAAGCAGACUCGGAGCAGUUGGCACGGUCCAUCGUCGAGGAGCAGUACUCUGAUCUGGAGAAGGAGAAGAUCAUGAAGGAGCUGGAGAUCAAAGACAUAAUGGCGAGACACAAACAGGAGCUCAACGACAAGGAGGCCACCAUCAGCUCGCUGGAGGAGUCCAAUCGCACCCUGACUGUGGAUGUGGCCAACCUAGCCAGCGAGAAGGAGGAACUCAACAACCAGAUGAAAGAACUGCAGCAACAGCUCAAGGAAGCAAAGGAUGAGGAACAGAACAUGAGCUCUCUCGUAGUGAUCUUUGAAAAGCAGUUGCAGACUGAAAGGACACUAAAAAUUCAGGCCAUCAACAAGCUCGCUGAGGUGAUGAACCGGAGGGAGCCCACGAGGGGAGGCCACCGAGGCAUCGACACGGAGGUGCACAGGAAGGAGAAGGAGAACAGGAAGCUGCAGCUGGAGCUGAGGUCCGAGAAGGACAAACUCAACAGCAUCAUCAUCAAAUACCAGCGAGAGCUGUCGGAAAUGCAGGCGCUCAUUGCAGAAGAGAACCAAGUGCGUCAGGAGCUUCAAAUGACAUUGGCCAGCAAGGACAGCGAUAUCGAGCAACUGCGUUGCCAGCUCACCUCCCUCAGCGUUCACUCUCUGGACUCCACCAGCAUCAGCAGCGGCAACGACUUAGACGUGGGCGAAGGCUACCCAGACUCCAGACUUGAGGGCUGGCUUUCACUCCCUACCAAGCACACAAAACGGUUUGGCUGGGACAAAAAGUUUGUGGUGGUUAGCAGUAAAAAGAUUCUGUUCUACAACAGCGAGCUGGACCGAGAACAGGCCAACCCUUUCAUGAUCCUGGACAUAGACAAGCUCUUUCAUGUCCGACCUGUCACUCAGACUGAUGUGUAUCGUGCAGAAGCCGUAGAAAUUCCCCGGAUAUUUCAGAUCCUGUACGCCAACGAGGGCGAGAGCAAACGUGAUCAGGAGGUCGUCAUGGAGACCACGCCCUUCGGCGAGCGCCCCUCCCACAUCAACCACAAGGGCCAUGAGUUUAUCCUCACCCUCUAUCACUUUCCGUCCAGCUGCGAGGCGUGCACUCGGCCGCUGUGGCACGUGUUUAAGCCGCCGCCGGCCCUCGAGUGCCGCCGCUGCCACACCAAGUGCCACAAAGACCACCUGGACAGGAAGGAGGAGGUCAUUGUGCCCUGCAAGGUGAACUACGACAUGUCCACUGCCAAAGAGCUGCUUUUGCUGAGCGGCAGCCGGGAGGAGCAGCAGCGAUGGGUCAGCCACCUCCUCAAGCGUGUCCCCAGGAAGCACCCGCAGCCCGCCGCCCCGGCCCACCUACCCGAGACACCGGCGCGAUCCUCCCCCCGCGUUUCGCCGCGCCCGUCACCCAAGGGUUCACCGCAGAUUUCACCGCACCGCGGGGCCAUGAGAGUGUCGUCCAACAGACAGCAGCAGCCGUCCGGGAAGGCCAGCAGCGGCCCCAUGCUACGCAUCAUCCUCCACUGACCUCUUCACCCCACCAUUCUAACGUCUCCCAUGCUUGGGAGACUUUAACCCUGGCUCAGCAAAGGGAAUCUUCUUUGCGGCUGAUUGACAGCAGUGUGCCAACAUGUGAUACUUUUCAGGAAAGCGGAAAACUUUAACUCAGAACUUUUUUAAUAACAGGAACAAUAGUGCAAUCUUUUUCAUUAUACCAAGUUGUCAAAUUGAAAUUAGGAACCAAAAAAAUGGACUUUCACAAUUGUGUUUGAAGUGCAAGGUGUGUGAGCAUUGUGUAUAUAUAAAGUUUUGUGUGGCAUAUCUUAGAGGGUUUAGCACAUGGAUUGUUUUUUUUUUUUUUUUUUUUUUUAUAGCAUAUAAUAUUACACAUCAGCACAGGCCUGCCUGGAAAUAGUUUACAGAACAAAAUUGCACGUUGUCUUUGGGUCACAAGAUUAGUUUUGACACAUUGGACAGUUGUCUUAUUAAAUAGAAACGCAAACAAUCUUCUUUUAUUCAACGGUCAAAUAAAAUUACACAUCCAUCCAUUUUCUAUAACCCUUUUCCUCAUUCGGGUGGCGGGUGAGCCGGGGUCUAUCCCGGCAGACCUUGGGCGAGAAAGGCAAGGUACACCCAAGACUGGUUGCCAUCAAUUGCAGGCCACAUAAAAAAAAACAACCAACCAUUCACACUGACGGCCAAUUGUGUCUUCAAUUAGCGUGCGUGUUUUUGGGAGGUGGGACGAAGCCGGACUACAUGAAGAAAAGUGGAGUUGACCACCAUGCUUUCCAUUUGAUAGUCAUAAAAUUUUUUAUGAAGAAAUAUAAACACGUCAUCACUGGAGACUUUCUUACAAUAAAAGGAAACAAAAAAUGAGAUAAAGAAUCUGUACAAAGUCGAUCUUUCACAAGUUCUGUACCUCACACUUCAGCAUUUGUUUCGGGCACCGUUCGACCAGAAUAGUUUCAUCUCCCUCUGAGGUUCUGGUGCAAUGAGUGGGCUUACAUUAAUCUUUCAGAAGCGCCUAAAGCCAACUGGCACUCAUCAUACAUAAUGUAAUAGCUCAUCAUGUUGCCCAUCUGCUAUAAAUUGUACUUCACACUGCACAUCGAAUACAUUCUAGAUCAGUGUGUGAAUGACUCGAGGUUCUGGUUAAAUGACCACCAAACGUCUGGCCUGACCUGGCAGUGGGCAAUACGCACACACACACACACACACACACGCACGCACGCAUGCUCAGUAGUAGAAUUGAAAGUUGAACUAAUUCAAAACUAAUUUCCCCAAAGAAAAUCAUGGAAUGCUCAUCAUAAAACUGCAGUUAAGUCGUAUUUUAACUGCCACACAAGUGUGGAGAAGAAGAAGAAAAUACACUAAGCACUUUUGAGAAGUAAAAACUAAGCGUAUUUAAUUACGAAUAACAAAGGCAUAAUGAGAUGAGUCAUGCAUUUGAUUUCAUAACAUCCUUAGAAGUUAACCAAUGUAAAUUAGAAAAAGUUUGAUAGUCAGAACAUAAUAAGAUAUGCAACCUACCGUCCAAUAAAACACACAAAAAACUCCAUCACAUUAAAGUCUACAGAAGAACAGUAUUGCAUUAGUGUUUUUGCAUGGCAUCAAGUGAAAAAAGCAUGUUAUUGGAAGAAUUUCAGAGAACAUGCAAACUCCACACAACAAGGGGCUUGAACCGAGAUUCAAACCCAGAACCAUUCAACUGUGAGGCGGAAUUACUAACCACCAAAAUCACCUUUCUGCACUGCAUUAAUCUUCACGUACCAUAUUAUCAAAUGUAAUUAGCGAUGUUCCUGUCUUGUUCUUUUUGUCCAAGUCACGUGGUCAGCUGCAACUGUCCGUCCUUGACUGUGCAGAGUGUGGGGCUUGUUUGCAUAAUAAGUAAUGAUUAUAUUGGGAAUGAGUUCCCUGAAUGACUCAGUGGUUUUGCACAUCCUGCAGCCUGACUGACACUCAUCCACAUUCAAGCAUCAGCACAACAGUAAGUUGUAUUCUACUUUUUAUCGCCUUUUUUAUCAGUACAUUAGGACAGUGAUUCCUGAAAGAACUGAAAGAUCAGGAGUGCCAUGGGAAAUUAUCCAAUUUCAUGUAAUUGUUCUGAAAUUAUUUCUUUACUAGACAUAAGUUAUCUUUGUUCAUCUCCAGUGUCUAUGCUAGUUUAGUGUAGUGAAAGGGAAAAUAAUUAAAUGCCCUUCCACUAGAUGGCAAAAGGUACAUUUAACCUGCGUAUCCACUUGUUGCCAACAGAAUAUAGUGAACCCCGCUAUUUCACGGUUCACGAAUCGCAGAUUAUAAAACGAUCGUUGUUUUGGUGUUUUUUGCACUGUACAGGCAAUUCAGAAUUUAGCGUUGCGCUUCAUCAUCUUUUGUUUUAUGUGUCAGUUUUACAGUAAACCUAAAGUGGAUGUGACAAAUAAACAAGUAGGUGUUUGCUCUUUUUUGGAGAACUGUGCAAGCAAGAGAAGAACAGGUGCUAAGGAAUACUUUAAAAAGUGUGUUUUAAAAGUGUGUGAUUUAAUAAGUUUAAAUGUUUAAAGCAUGUGGGAAGGGUACAGCUAUAUAAAAAAAAUGUUUUCAUGUGGUCACAGAUUUUCACCGAUCGCUGGUGGGUCUGGAAUGUUUCCCCAUGAUAAAUGAGUUUACUGUAAGAGCUUUGUGUUCAACUCUGCGGGCACAUAUUUUAUGCUGUUAAUUUGUCCAUAAAUUCAGGCAAGAUCAUCAUUAUUUCAGUAUGUACUGUAUACUCUUUGUAACAUUUUUGUUUGGUGGUGUGCUGUGAGAGUCUUAUGUAAAAUGCAGUAUAAAGUUUUGGAUACAGUGCUUUUGAAGGCGUAAGAGUUUUUAAGUAUUUCUUCUUCUUC